CGGAAGUUGUCCAACACGAUUUUUUUGUGUAACAACAUCGUUUCCUGAUCAUCUGAGUUAAUUUUCAAGUCAUUCGCUCCUGAAAAUCAGGCUUGUGCUUGAGAUAUAGAUCUACAGCCGUACAGUGCGCAUUGUUGACACGCGUUGUGUGCUAUGGUUAUGCUUAUGAAACAGUAGAUGUAGAAGGUGUGUUAUAUCAGUCGGUGUAUUCACGAUCAGAAGACUCCAGAAUGUCUUUUUACAGAAACGCUGUUUGGUUUGUGAAAGGUCUGCAGGAAUAUACAAGGGGUGGCUAUGAAGCAGCAGCAAAACAUUUUGUAGCUUCUGAUCUGGAUGUGGACGUAAGUGGCAGGUCUUUUAUUAUCACCGGUGCCAACAGUGGGAUCGGGAAAGCGACCUCUCUGGAAAUAGCUAAACGAGGUGGUACAGUGCACCUGGUGUGUCGGAAUAAAGAUCGUGCGGACGAGGCGAGGAAACAUAUUGUAGAGAUGAGCAAAAAUGAGAACGUGCAUGUGCAUAUUGUGGACAUGUCAAGCCCCAGAGGAUUGUGGGAGUUUUCCAACUCGUUCACUCAGAACCACAGUGUGCACGUGCUGAUCAACAACGCUGGGUGUAUGGUGAAUCAGCGAGAGUUGACGGAGGAUGGCUUGGAGAAAAACUUUGCCACCAACACACUUGGAACAUUCAUCCUGACCACAGCGCUGAUUCCUGAGCUUAAAAAGUCCCAGGACCCAAGAGUGAUCACUGUAUCGUCAGGAGGAAUGCUGGUUCAGAAACUCAACCUUGAUGAUCUGCAGUUUGAAAAAGGCACUUUUGAUGGAACCAUGGCUUACGCACAGAACAAGAGGCAGCAGGUGAUAAUGACAGAAGUUUUGGCGCAUCAGCACAAAGAGAUUCAUUUCUCAUCCAUGCACCCAGGUUGGGCCGACACGCCAGCGGUGCAGUCGUCCAUGCCGGAUUUUCACGCCAAAAUGAAGGACAGAUUACGCACAGAAGCACAAGGAGCCGACACUGUGGUGUGGUUAGCUGUGUCUGAUGCGGCUGUGAAACAUCCCAGCGGCCUCUUCUUCCAAGACAGGACACCAGUGGCCAAACACCUGCCUCUGGCCUUUACCAGAUCAUCUUCUGAGGAGGAGAACAAGCUCAUGAAUACGCUGGAGCAGCUCAGCACACAGUUCAAGCCGCGCCUUACUUCAGGUCUCUAAAGAACAACAAACACUCAACUGGAUACAAAAUUGAAUCUGUGUUUGUAUGAUCACUAAUCAAAAAUUAUUGAAUUUAUAUUUCUCAAACACAUUUUAUUAAUAACUCUAAAUAACAGUCAAAAUGGUGGAUUAAAAAUGUGUUGUUAAAAGCUGUAAGGUUUCCUGUAUCAAGAACAAACAAAAUUCACUAUUAUGAAUUAUCACUACUAUGAUUAUUUUCCUGUCCAGCACAGAGAUUUAGAGCCUUGUUUACAAUAUGUUUUUGGUUUUUUUUAAUUUACCACAUUGACCACAUUAACAAACUCACUCCAUGACAAACUUACAAAUUAAUAUGAAAUUGUUUACAUUUUGCGUUCUGCAUAAAUCUUGCUUGGUUUACUGUGAAAAGUGUGAUACCGAUACCGUAGUUCUGCCUUUUAUGCCUUCUUUUAAAUUAAUAAUAAUUAAUUCCACAAUUCUGAAGGAAAUGCAAAUAAAAACUUUAUUCUCUCAA